GAUUGACCGGCGCGGCGAAACAACUAAAUGAUAAAUCUGUACUUAUUUGAAUGCCACUUGUCCUUACGAUGACUACAAAUAACCCAGCAGGUCACCAUCUUGUUCUCAUUGAUGCUUUAAAUCUGGAAAGUGAAUCAGAAGACUCAAAUUCAGCAGAAUCUCUUGCUUCAUUAGAAAGUGAUUCCGAAGAACGACCACCCGAGAAGAUACUCGCUGAAAUAGUGGGGAAGAACAACCACAUCUGGUAUCUCGUCAAGUGGAGAGAUUGUCCUCUUUUAUAUUCCAGCUGGGAAGGAGAAGCGUGUUUUGAAAAUUAUCCUUGGGUUUUCGAUCAGUGGCUAGUUAAUAAGCAGGGCCAAAAAGAAGGAAAAAUUCAGCCUUUUGACUUGCAAGCUUUCGAUCAAGCCUGCAAGGACCUCGACCUAGCAGAGAGGCAACGAAGAAUUCUGAGACGGUUCAGAAGAAAAGCUAAACGACUUCUAUCGAUUGUAGCUGAUUGAAUAGCUCAUUCGAAAAGAGUUAUUAUUCUAUUCGAUAUACAUCUCAUAAUCAAUUAUAAAUUAAAAUGGUUA